AUGAGUUUAGAAAAAUUACCUUACAAAUACAUUUUAAUCUUAUUUUAUUUAGCCUCCACUUACUUUAUUAUUUAUCACGACUAUGGAUACACUCUAUUUAUAACAUCAUUAGUUAUUAAGAUUUUACUUAUUUUGUCACAUUAUUAAAUUGUUUAUACGGAACCAGGUCCAAUCAAAUUAUAAUAAACACCUAUUGAAAUAAUGGAGGAAAUAUAAAAAAAAUAAGUUUUUACACCUCAUCUCAUUAUCGAAAAUUAACUAUAAUUGCAAAAUAAAUGUAAAAAAUGUCAUGGUUAUUGGAAACCUCCAAAAGCUCAUCAUUGUUCAACUUGUAAUAAAUGUAUUUAUUACAGAGAUCAUCAUUGUAUUUGGUUUAAUUGUUGUAUUGGCUACAAGAAUUUAAAAUUUUUUUGCCAAUUUUUAAUAUACUUUGCAAUAAUUACUAUAAUUCACGGAAUUACAAGUUUGUUUUAGUUCUUUUAAUUAAUCAAACAAAUUCAUUUAUUAGGAAUUAAUAAUUUAUCAUGGUCAUUCCUUUACAAUUUCUUAUCAUUUGACUUCAUUUUUAAUCUAUUUUAGCUAUUAAUAUCUUAUAUUGGAUAUUAAAUCAGUAAUUAGUUAUUGAAAGAUAAAUUUAUAUAAUUACCUGAUUUGGAUACUUAUCAUGGGUAAAAAGGAUAAAGAUAUACUUAUUUUAGAAAUUUUGACUAAAAAUUAAAAAAACUACUUGGUAAUAAUUUAUUACUUUGGAUUUUACCGUUGCCAAAUAAAUUUAAUUUAAAUUACCUUGAACUUAUAUACCCAAAAGUCACUGCAGGGAUAGAUCUUCUUGAUUAUUAUUUAGAUAAAAAAAGCGAGAAUUAUUAUCACUUUUACAAAAUUUUUGAAAUAAAUGAUUGA